UAGACGUUUCACGUCAGCUGUGAGCUGAGGCGCAGGGUGUGAAUGUGAAGUGGUGAAUUGUCGAAAGUGAAUCAACACAUUGAAAUUUAAACUUUGAAUUCUUAUUUCUACCAAGUUGUGUUUCAUGCGUAACUUAAAAAAUAAUUCGCAAUGAAUUAAGUGACUUGUUUACGUACCUAUAGAUAAAGUGAAAGUUCUAACCGAAUGAACUGUCCUCGCAAACAUGUUUUCGUUGUACAAGUUUUUGUUUGUCAUAUUAAGUUUAUUAAUUAACGAUUGUGUUCCGCGUGCUUUAGAGGACGAUGAAUCGUUUAUACAGAAUCCGAAAUACACUAAAUACGAGGACUUGGUGACUUUAUUUGAUAAUUUAGAGACGUCGUACCCGGAUCGUGCGAAAGUCUAUUCGAUCGGAAAGUCUGUAGAAGGACGCCAGUUACUGGUUAUACAGAUCACUGAAGGCGUGAAACAGGUGGCCGCCGACCGGCCGUCCUUCAAAUAUGUGGCAAAUAUGCACGGCGAUGAAUCUGUGGGCAGAGAACUGAUGAUAUAUUUGGCUCAGUAUUUGCUCUUGAACUACGGAAAGGAUGAUAGGGUCACAAAGUUGGUGAACACUACCGAUAUUCAUUUGAUGCCGUCUCUCAACCCUGAUGGAUAUGAAGCUAGUAAAGAAGGCGCCUGUGAGUCCCUCAGCGAAUACGUGGGCCGGAACAACGCUAACAAGAAAGAUCUGAACAGGGACUUCCCGGACCAGUUCGACGCGAACAAAGCGAACGACGAGGGGUAUUUGUUCGGAAACCGGCAGCCGGAGACGGCGGCGCUCAUCCGAUGGGUCAUGUCCAAGCAGUUCACGCUGUCUGGGAACCUGCAUGGUGGUGCUAUUGUUGCUAGCUACCCUUAUGAUGAUACCAGUGGCAAAGAGGACUGCUGCAUCGAGAGCCAAACGCCCGACAACGCGUUGUUCAAACACCUAGCCGAGGUGUACGCGUCGAGACACGAGGCGAUGCACCGGGGAGACGCGUGCCUGCCUGAGAAAUUCAAGAAUGGCGUCACUAACGGCGCUUUCUGGUAUAAUGUCAAAGGUGGCAUGCAAGACUUCAACUACCUCCACUCGAACUGUUUCGAGGUGACAUUCGAGUUGUCGUGCUGCAAGUAUCCUACCGCGGACAAGCUGCCCAAGUUCUGGCGCGACAAUAAGGAUCCCUUGCUGGCCUUCAUUGAGCAGAUACACAUCGGUUGUCGAGGGUUCGUGGUGGAUGAAGCUGGAGUGCCUAUUAAGAAUGCCCAAAUCACAAUCGACGGCAUUAACCAUUCGGUGAGGACAACGGAGCACGGCGCUUACUGGAGGAUGCUUCUACCGGGACAGUACAACGUCACUGCAGUGGCGGCUGGGUAUUCAACGCCUCCGCCGGUGGCCAUAACGGUAACCUCUGAGGUACCGACCAUAGUGAACUUUACUCUUCACCGGCACCCUCGCACGCUGACCGAUGGUUUACCAAUCGGGGGCAAAUCAGCAGUACGUAGGGUCGCUCGUCACCCAAUCGACGGUCUCUCCGCAGAGGACUUCAGCCACCAUAACUAUGUGAAGAUGGAGAAGUUCCUCCAAGAUCUGGCAGCUGCGUACCCUGAUAUCACCAGGUUGACCAGCAUCGGCAAAUCUGUCGAGGGUCGGGAGUUAUAUGUUUUGGAAAUUACUCAGAAUCCUGGGAAACACAUACCGGGUAAACCGGAAUUUAAAUAUGUGGCAAACAUGCACGGUAACGAGGUAGUGGGAAGGGAGUUGCUACUGCUUCUAGCCAAAUACCUCUGCCAGGAGUACAAGAAAGGAGAUUCACGCGUCCAGAAGAUCCUCAACCACACCAGAGUACAUCUAAUGCCCAGUAUGAAUCCUGAUGGAUAUGAAAACGCGAGAAUGGGCGACUACGACAGUGCCAAAGGCAGAUCAAACGCACACAGCGUCGAUCUCAACAGAAAUUUCCCCGACCAAUAUGGGCCGACGAAGGACAACAGAGUACCAGAGCCCGAGACCCUCGCAGUGAUGAACUGGUCCCGGUCCAUCCCGUUCGUGCUGUCGGCCAACUUGCACGGGGGAGCACUGGUCGCCAACUACCCCUACGACAACAACCCCGACAUGAGCAACGGGGUCGAGAACCUCGCCCCUGACAACGACGUGUUCGUGCACCUGGCACAUGUCUACUCUGACGCCCAUCACAAAAUGCACCUCGGCCGCCCGUGUAAGGACUCCGACAGAUCCGACGACAGAUUCCCCGAAGGCAUCACCAAUGGGGCUAAAUGGUACGUGCUAGCGGGUGGCAUGCAAGACUGGAACUACCUGCAGUCGAGCGACAUGGAGCUGACGCUGGAGCUCGGCUGCUACAAGUUCCCUCCCGCUGAGGAUCUGCCCACCUACUGGGAGGACAACAGAGAAGCAUUGCUGCAGUAUAUCGAAGAGGUCCACAAGGGCGUGCACGGUUUCGUCCACAGUCACAUCGGGCACCCGUUGCCCAACACCACCAUCAGCGUGUCGGGCAUCCGGCACAGCGUCGCCUCAGCCGCAGACGGGGACUACUGGCGGCUGCUCACGCCGGGCACCUACAACAUCACCGCGAGCAAACCCAAUUACGAGAGUAUAACCGAGCAAGUGACAGUUCCCGAGAACGGCUCAGUGAAUGUCAACUUCACGCUCAUGCCCGACGAUCCGCAGCACUGGUCUUCGGCCUACGACUUCCGCGUGCUAGACAACAUAAUGAACACGCAGUACCACUCGCCGCUGGACAUGUACGCCGCGCUGGCCGAGCUGGAGAACAAGUUCCCAGAGGUGGCGGAGUUCCGCGCGGGCGACAGCAUGAAGACCGUCACGCUGCACGAACUGAAAAUCACUGAGGACAGUGGUGCACCAGAAGAGACGAAGUUCCACAUAGCGCUGGUCAGCAACCUGUACGGCUCGCAGCCGCUGGGCCAGGAGCUGCUGCUCAACUUCGCGCGCCACGUCAGCACGGCGCACAGCAUCGGCGAGCCGCGGCACAAGAGGCUGCUGCAGAACGCUGUCCUACAUUUCAUACCCAAUCUGGAUCCGCUUUUUGGGAAGAUGCUGAAACAAUAUGAUCACUCUGAAAAAUGUACGUUAGACGUAUUAGAAGAAGAAUUCGGAGACAGCCUGUACAGUUAUUUAACCAAAAAAGACCAGAACCCUCUAUCAAACUACACAAGAGAAAAAGCUUUCAUUGGCUUAUUGGAGUCUGAAAAGUUCGAUUUAGUUCUGGAACUAGCUUCCGGGACAGAAGACGUGACUAUACCGAACUUUUCUAAAGAUAUAUAUGAAAAGAUAGCUCAAAAGUACCAGGACAACAGGACACCGAGCAGCCAAUAUCAAUGUAGAGAAUAUAACAACAUCGCACAUGAGAACUUGUUGGAUUUGGUGUUCGAAAGAUUCAACGUACCGAUGAUAUCGCUUGGCUUGAGUUGUUGUAAAAUGCCGUUGGAGAGUGACAUCGCUGCGGUGUGGAGGAACAAUCUACGCGGGAUCAUGAAGAUCAUUGAGCAAGCGUCGACGGGUGUCGUUGGCUUCGUGAAGAACGAGCAAGGCGGUCCGAUGCGCAGCGCGGUGGUGGCGAUAGCGGGCUCGGCGCGGCAGUACCGCGUGUCCGCCAACAUGGCGCACUACCGCGCGCUGCUGCCGCCCGGCGACUACCGCGUCAUCGUGCGCUGCCACGGAUACCGCGACCAGAUGCUGACGUGGCGCGUGGUGGAGAACGUCAUAAAACAGAAGAACGUGACGCUGCAACGAGUCAACGCUGACGAGAUACCCCACGGACAGUUCGACAAGCUGGGGGUGCAGGUGGACCCCAACACCAUCUACGUCGAAGGUUUAGCCCUAGACCACGACAGCAACCCGUUGCCCAACGCGCGGGUCAAGGUGUACCCGCAUGCCGGCUCCAAGUGGUCCUCCGCCAACGUCAGCGACGCGUACGGCCGCUUCGUCGUCACGCUGCCCGACACCUACAGGGGCAAGGCGGUGACGGUCUCCGCCGCCGCCGACGGGUUCAUUACGAGGGAGCGGUACAUCACGCUCAACGCCGCCGGCAACGAAACGCCGAACGUGCUACUGAAGCUAGAAGAGGACGACUACAUUCUGGGAAUGCCCCGUCUCGUGUUCGUUAUGUUGGCAGGUGUGGUGGGUGUGGCGCUGGUAGCUCUGGGCGCGUGGUGCUUCAGCUGCAGACAGAGGACCAAGGACGCGCGCCGGGAGUACCUCUUCACGCAGAUACCUUCCGACGACAAGCGACCGCUCUGCGAGGAGGGCGCCUUUGAUUUUACAGACAUCGUCCGCAAGCCAUACUACGACGAGGAAGAACCGCCGCCAACCGAGACUGAUUCUGAAGAAGACAUCGUACUGCUCAAGUCGGAGAACAAUUGGCAGCGUGGAGAAGAAUAAAUGCUUUAUAAAAACAACUUUUUUACACGUUCUAUGUAAGAGCUAAGACAUAGAUAUCAUCUUUUGUAACCUACUUAAGCUCAACAUAGACCUAGCAGGAAAAAAAUCUGCGUCCAUUUUGUAAUCCUCUAUGUAAGCGCUCUACAACAUAGAUUUAUCAAUGCUUUCCUUCAAGAAUGAUUGUAGUCAAGCGCAGACCUAUGCAGCAGUGAAUAAGAAAUCUGCGUCCAUUUUGUAAUUUUCCAUGUAAGCGCUCUAGAACAUAGACUUAUCAUUGCUUUCCUUCAAGAAUUGUUGUAGUCCAGCGCAAACCUAUGCAGCAGUGAAUAAGAAAUCUGCGUCCAUUUUGUAAUCUUCUGUGUAAACGCUCUACAACGUAGACUUAUCGUUGCUUUCCUUCAAGAAUGAUUGUAGUCAAAUGCAAACCUAUGCAGCAGUGAAUAAAAAAUCUGCGUCCAUUUUGUAAUCCACUAUGUAAGCGCUCUACAACAUAGACUUAUCAUUGUUUUCCCUUAAGAAUGAUUGUAGUCAAGCGCAAACCUACGCAGCAGUAAAUAAAAAAUCUGCGUCCAUUAUAAUAUUCUAUGAAAGCGUGUUACAACGUAGUAUUACUUUCCUUCAAGAAUGAUUGUAGUUAAGUGUAAACCUAUUUAGCAGUAUCUGUGUCAAUGUUGCUCAUGACGCGUUUUCGGACGCAAUUAUUUUUGGACGCCUCGAACACGUUGGACGCAGCCAUGUUAUUUUAAUAAAUAAUGUUUUCACUAAGUACCGUACAAGAUUUGUACGUCCCAAAAUCAGACUACCAAUUUGGAUUGUCUUAAGUACUAUAACAAACAUACAACUCAACAUAGUCCAAAUGACUGGGCAUGCAAAUUUUCUUAUACUUCGGAAGAUGGUGGCCCACUCGAAAUGGCCUCUGCCUCCGAUUCCAGAGGGUAUGGAUUCGAAUCCGGUCCGGGGCAUGCACCUCCAACUUUUCAGUUGUGUGCAUUUUAAGAAAUUAAAUAUCACGUGUCUCAAUCUGUGAAGGAAAAACAUCGUGAGGAUACCUGCAUACCAGAGAUUUUUCUUAAUUCUCUGCGUGUGUGAAGUCUGCCAAUCCACAUUGGGCCAGCGUGGUGAACUAUUGGCCUAACCCCUCACAUUCUGAGAGGAGACUGGAGCUCAGCAGUGAGUAUGGGUUGAUUAUGAUGAUGAUGGUUAGAAAGAGUUUUUACAGACAGACAAUGCGUUAUCUAAGUUUGCGCGGCGCCUUAAGUCAUUGCUAAUAAUAACUCAAGAAAGCAAUCGUUUUAUAUAUAAACUACUACUUAUCAGGUUAGUGAUUCUAUAUACGUCCAUUAUUUCGUCAGUAUUAGAAACUUUUGAUUUGAUAAAUUUAAAUUGGUAAUUAUUUUAAAAUUUUAAUUAAUAUAAUUUAAAGACAAAACGUUGACAUUCCUGUAACUGAAUAAAUGAUAAAAUUAAAAUUUAGCCUUAAUUUUUUUAACUUUGGUUUGUUACAUUUUUACAAUUAUAUUUUGCUAAAUAACAUACAUUAUUUUUUGUCAACACAAAUACGUCAAUAAUUUAUUUUAACAAACUUACUUAUUUUUAUUGCUGUAUUUUUAUUUCGUUAUUGUUUCUAUAAUCACAUCAAGUCGUGUUUUAUUCAACGAAGGCAGUAUGAGUAAAAGUAAUUAAAGAAAGUAAUAUAGGUUCUUAAAAUAUGUAAUAUUAUAGAAAUUAAGUAUUAUAUUAUAGUACACACUAGUACACUAACGUGAUUAUUGUCGGAGUAUGCCCAACUAAAUUCGACCCUUUCGUCACAACGCGCACAUGAUUAAGGGCUCCGCAUAGUAACUAGUCAGGCAUAUUCCGACAAUAAACACGUUCUACUAUCUAUGUGAUAAAGAGCUGUACUACUAAUAAACUUGUGACCAAAAUUAUUACAUAACAUACUAGCGGACCCGGUCAAGCUUCGCUUUGACUUGUUCUCUAUCCCUACCCUACCUCUACCCUAUCCCAUGACUCUUAAACGCUUGUAUGGGAAAUAGGAAAGGCUUAUUUUUAUGGUGUUUCCUACAAUUAUUCAAUUUUUUUUUCCUUAAAGCCUUCCCUUAACUCCACGAACAUUUCAAGACCAAGAUAAGAUAAAUUCGGUCAGCCGUUUUCGUGUUUUAGCGAAACCAACGAAUAGCAAUUCAUUUUUAUAUAUAUAGAUCAUAUUGUAAGAAGUCGGAAACUAUAUACGUAUAGAGAAACUGAAGUCAUACUGUUGCAGUUGUUUGAAAUACGCUAAAAUAAACAUCGAUCGUAGAUCGUUAGAUGGGCCCCGAAGGUCGCGGCGUUUUUGCGUACUAAAAUAAGAUGUGCGUGAACGUCUUUGAGUAAUGACAUAACAUUGUGCGUUCUUUAAUAUGUAGGGGCCUAUCUAACGAUUUAUAUCGAUGGCUGGUAAUGUAUAAUGAAAAAGCAAUUUUAUCCAAAUAUUUUAAGCUCAUAAUUUGCUUAUCUUUAGCUUAAUUUGUGUUUAGCUUUAUUUCUACUUAUCUACACUGUGCUUACUAAUCCUACUUAUGUCAAUUAUUACGUAUAUCUUAUUGAAUUUCUUAUCUACUAAGGACUAACAACAUUAAUACAAGGGGAUAUGAAGUACUCGCACAUUCGAAUUUAUUAUAUGAAUCUCUGAUAAUGAAGCAAUAAAAUAUAUUUUGUAAGCAAUAAUAGCGUAAGUUUUUAAUAACAACUGUUGAUAAAUAGUUAAAAAGCAAUACUGUGUAGUUAUUUUUGAAAAAUACACAGAAUAAGGAAUGAUACAGAAUGAGUCUAUAGCAGCGCGGAGAAGCCGGUGAAGCCCACAAAAAAAUGUCACAUGUCUCCUUGACAUCCGCAUAUACAAACUAUUUUCAUAUUUCAAGAUUCAACACUAACACCAAUUAGACUAAUAAUAAUACAUAUAAAAAUACUCCUACCUAUAAUCUUAUUGUUUUAGUUUUUGUGAACAGUUUUUAAAAUAAAUACAAGACGCCAUUUUUUGAAUAAUAUUUAAAAUUACUGAUGCGACGCUUUAUGUCGUACUGACUCAAUAAUGUAUUAGUUUUUUAAAUUUGUAUUUGGAGCCGCUACGACACAGCCGUGUUCCGUGCGCUCUAUCUGCCUAUUAUUCUUUAAUCUGUAGAGAAAUAUAUUUGCAUGUUUUGUGUGAUAAAAAAUAAUAAUAAAAUUGAACUUUAAUUCGAGAUUUUAUCAUAGAUAUAAUUAUAUUUUUCUAAAAAAAAUGUAUUAUUGGUGCUCUUUUGCCUUACUGUAUACUAUUUUAUUUAUUUUGUUAAGGUACAUAUAAUGCAAUAAUGUGAUAGUUUAAAUAGAAAAUACUGAUUAAAUAAAUUAUUUAGAUAUUAACAAAA